GUCUGCUGCUUGCCUAGGCACCCUCGUAACGGGCGGUAUAAAAAGAGCGAUGUCGUCUGCUGGCGCACAUAACAGCUUGGAAUCUAAGCUCCACAGAACCAUCACGUCGAGUGGAUCUCCAAGACUCAACAUAAUUUCACAAAAUGCGUGAAUGUAUCUCUGUCCACGUCGGCCAGGCGGGCGUUCAGAUGGGGAAUGCUUGCUGGGAGCUGUACUGUCUGGAGCACGGCAUCCAGCCCGACGGUCAGAUGCCCUCCGACAAGACCGUCGGUGGUGGUGACGACUCCUUUAAUACGUUCUUCAGCGAGACGGGCGCCGGGAAGCACGUGCCUCGCGCCGUCUUCAUUGACCUAGAGCCUACCGUUGUUGAUGAGGUCCGCACCGGCACAUACCGCCAGCUGUUCCAUCCCGAGCAGCUGAUUACCGGCAAGGAGGACGCCGCGAACAACUAUGCCCGCGGUCACUACACCAUCGGGAAAGAGAUCAUCGAUCUCGUUCUAGACCGGAUCCGGAAGUUGGCUGACCAGUGUACCGGUCUCCAGGGCUUUCUCAUAUUCCACUCCUUCGGUGGCGGCACUGGCUCUGGCUUCACCUCCUUGCUCAUGGAACGCCUGUCCGUCGACUACGGCAAGAAGUCCAAACUGGAGUUUUCCGUCUACCCGGCGCCCCAGGUGUCUACCGCUGUCGUUGAGCCGUACAAUUCCAUCCUGACCACGCAUACCACCCUGGAGCACUCCGACUGCGCCUUCAUGGUUGAUAAUGAGGCCAUCUACGAUAUCUGCCGAAGGAAUCUUGACAUUGAACGCCCGACCUACACCAACCUGAACAGGAUGAUCGGCCAGAUCGUCUCCUCAAUCACUGCCUCCCUUAGGUUCGACGGAGCCCUUAACGUAGACUUGACCGAGUUCCAGACCAACUUGGUGCCGUACCCCCGCAUCCACUUUCCUCUGGCCACAUACGCUCCCGUAAUCUCUGCCGAGAAGGCUUAUCACGAGCAGCUUUCGGUUGCAGACUGCACGAACGCUUGCUUCGAGCCGGCCAACCAGAUGGUGAAGUGCGACCCCCGUCAUGGCAAAUACAUGGCCUGCUGUAUGCUUUACAGGGGUGAUGUCGUACCCAAGGAUGUCAACUCCGCCAUCGCUACAAUAAAGACAAAGAGGACCAUACAAUUCGUCGACUGGUGUCCGACCGGUUUCAAGGUCGGCAUCAACUACCAGCCGCCAACCGUCGUCCCCGGUGGCGACCUCGCCAAGGUGCAGCGCGCCGUGUGCAUGUUGAGCAACACGACCGCCAUCGCCGAGGCCUGGGCCCGUCUGGACCACAAGUUCGAUCUGAUGUACGCAAAGCGCGCCUUUGUCCACUGGUAUGUUGGAGAGGGUAUGGAAGAGGGAGAGUUCUCUGAGGCCCGUGAGGAUCUGGCGGCUCUCGAGAAGGACUACGAGGAGGUGGGUGUCGAUUCCGCCGAUAACCAUGAAGAGGGUGAUGAGGAACCGGAAGAAUACUAGAACACUGAACACACACUCACAUCUUCCCAAUAUUCAAGAACAAGUUGUGUUAGAAUGGCAUGCGCAUGUUUAUAUAGUUCAUGAUUUUAUUCUUAGUAAAUUCAAAUAUAUCGCAGAAUGGACAAUACUUUGACAACAAAUUUGGUAUGCAUUCAAUGUAUAUUCUGACUUGUGAAAUACAUGAAAACGAAACGGUAAAAACGAAUAAGAAAACAAAAUUGAUAUAAACAAAGAUAACAUAAAAGUCUUGUUUUA